AGGUGUUUAGAAAAAAGUACGGGUGAGUGUUAACAAUACACAAUGAUACAACUUAUUUUAUCUUUAUUGAAUCUAAUUUCGCAGCGAAAAUUUCCCAAACCUGAAGGAGAUCGCUUCUAAUUCCGAUUUGGUGUUUGUGUCCACGGACGAAUUCAUCGAAAUUCAAAGUCCCACGCUUCCUCACGUCGUUCAUAUCGGUGGAAUAGGAUUUAGCGGAAAGGCAGUCACUUACGCUUUAGAAGAGCCUUUUGCCGAGCAGAUGCAGAAGGGCAACCAGGGAAUUGUCUACUUUUCGCUUGGAACAUUGGUUAACACUACCUUAUUGCCUGCUAAGGCAAUGACAACGAUAUUGAAUGCAAUAGAACAGACUCCUGAUCAUCAUUUUAUUCUAGUUGUAGACAAAUUCGAUAAGGUAAGAGCUUUAAGGAGGAGGUUGUCAAAAGUGCAGCCUGCCAUCUAUAAUUGCGAUCAUCAUUCCCCAAAUUUCUACGGUUUUUUAUUCUUUGAAAGACUGAUUGAAAGUAUAAAUCGCAAUCCACGAGCGUAG